AUGAUAGUAACCUCUUUGAGAACUAUUAUAUUCUUCAAAUACCAUCCAAUCCAAGACCUAGCCAAAGAAUAUCUAAUUCCAAUUAUUAAUGUAGAAAUAGAAGAAACAGAUAUAGUAGAAGAUGAUUCAACCUAUAACCCCAAAGAAGAUGAUGACUAUAACAUUGAUGAAGGCAGACCCUUGGACAAUUUUUCAGAAGAAAAUUCAGAAUGGUGUGAGGAAAAUAAUUUCAAUAAGUAUAAGAAUCCUGGACAAUGA